AUGCACUCUCCCAAGAAAAAAAAAACCUUUCCAGCAAUACGCACCAAACUGAGCAUGUGCAGAGUGUCUCCACUCGAUGUGUCUUAUUAGGAGAUAAGAGGGGGACACUGGAAGAAGGGGAGGAUCAUAGAAGUCAGGAUCAAACAGAAUUUUUACACAAUGCAGAGGAUUAACCCCUUAGGUUCUACAGUGAGUAUAACAAGCAUGCUUUACUGCCAGGGGCGGACUGACAACUCAUGGGACCCCUGGGCAAUAGGGAAUCAUGGGGCCCCUGUGUCCUUGCCCAAACUCAAAAAAGCCUAU